GGGGGGGGAGUAGAGGGAGAGACAAAAACAGCAGCAACAAGAAUUCCCAAAACAACAACAGUGACAAACAGAACAGUUAAAUGUCAAUGAUGGCUAAGGGUCACACUGAAGAUGAUAUCAGUGAAAUGAAACAGUCCAACUUACCAGUAGCAAUAGUAACAAUGGGAACAUGACCCAUGAUAGUAAACACAAUUGCAACCAUACAGUUACAGUAAUUAAAAUCUCAUUGCUUGACAUCAUUAUUACUGUAAUAAUAGCAUACCAAUACUAUAUAAACAUCAGGGAUAAGAGAGUAGAUUGUAUAGAGAAGCACCCAUGUGCUGUGAGUGCCCAUAUGGAGGUGUGUUGUGUAUGUGAAUGCGAGUGUGUGAAUGUGUAAUUGUCACUGAGAAUGACAAAAGGAGAGAGACUGCCUUCUACCACCCAGCAAACCCCGCCCCGCGCAGCCAGGUCAAGCCCCCACCGCCAGAGAUCCUCCGGCCCCGUGGGUGUGGGCAAAGCCAGGGCCGACUCCCCAAGACCCGCCCCCGAAGCAACCCCCCGAAGAGACCAGCAAGAGGCCAUGGAGGAGCAAUCCCAACCGGCAACAGGGCGCCAGCAGGCCGGAGGAGAGCCGCACCCCCGAGACCAGCGGGAGACCAUACCCUACUAGGGCAGAAGGGCAUCGAAGGCCACACACCCGUGGGCACAGGGGCGCCCCCGCCGGCCGGAAGGGAGCCCGUCCACGGCCGGAGGCACCGCCUCCCGCCCCCCACACACCCCCAGGAAGCAGAACCCGGCCCGCCCCAGGUAACCCCAGGCCCGACCACCGACAUAGGACCGCCCCGGCCAGGACAGAAGAGGCCCGGGCACACUGCCCCAUGGAGGACCGGGCGGUUGAGAUGGAACACCCUACGCCAGACCCCCGCAGAGCCCCCCCCCCGUAUAUCUACAUGGCCAUAUACCCACAUACACAUCCACACAUAUACAUAUAUAUAUACAUAUAUAUAUAAUUAUAAUAAAACUAAUCAUUAAUUAUCUAAGUAUUUAAAACAAUAAAUACAUAAAAUAAACUCAGACACAUGCACACCCCAUCCACUCAAUACACACACAUGCUGUGGACGUCCCCGGGUGGGGCGUCCGGGGCAUCACAGGGUGGGGGACCCAGGGGUCCCAGACCCACAACCAGGCCCCGAGCCCAGGGAGGUACGGACCGCCAAGGCAUAGCACCCCCAGACUCCCCUCGACCACGGCAUCAGGGCUACUGCAAUGUGGCAGACAAAGGAGCGGGCGAGGGGAGGAGGCCCGCACAUGAGCAAGCGGAGGGGGCGAGCAGGCGAGUGGUGAGGCGCUCCACUGCGCCGGCCGACAUCCACCGGGCAGCUCACCCCCGUGAGGGAGAGCCAUAGCUCCAAGUCACGGGGAGGCCACGCACCAGAGCCGAGGAGUUAAGACCAGCGCAAGGCCCCCGAAGGACCCCACCAUCCACCGGGAGGGCCAGCCCCCCCCCGCCCCCAGAACCAGCAGCGCUCCGCCCACGUACCGGAGAACCAUCCCCGACGAGCCCUAAGGCAAGACUGGGGAUGGGCAAAGACAGGGACAGCGAUGCGGCAGAGCAUAGGACCAGUGGGAGCAGACACCCAAACGCCCGAAAGAGCACCGCCCCCCCAGCAGGCCCCACCCCGAGGAGCAUGCUCCCCAUCCCCACACGCCACCCCGGCCCCCGUACCCACGAGCAGGAUCAGGUCCCCCCCCCAACACACAGCCCGGUCCCCGCAGCAGCCACCACAGCGCAACAACCCCAAGCCACCACCGUAGACUUCAGGCCACCAGCAGCGCAGACCCCACUGCCUGGAGGCCGGUGAACGCCCCCCCAAGGGCACGUUGGCGCCCGCGACCCAAGACAGAUCCAGGGAGGUAGCGCCAACCAUGACACCAGGGCAAGCCCCGGCGUCAGCUGGUUCCGGCGGGACCCCCAGGAAGGCCAGGCAGACCAGACCAAAAUAUCCUGCAGCCCAGGGCACCCCGAGCGAGCCGCCAAGCCCCAGCAGCCAGCGGGCCAAUCGCGGGGGUAGGUAGUAGGCUCUCCGGUCCAGCCCGCUACACCUGUGUGUGUGAAGAUGGUAUUGUGUAGAUAGUGCAAUUAAAAAUAGGCCUGUCCCAUAGGGCUGACCUAUGUGUGUGGUGUAUGUGUAUGUGUGUGUGUGUGUGUGGAAGGAAGCUGAGCAAUGGUGGGUCCCCUGCCUGCCCAGACCCCCCCCCAGAACUGAGUGUCUAAGGUGCGGUUAAAAUUGAAGGGUGACCAGCCAGAGGAAUGCCGAGGACAAAAGGGCAUCCGCAAGGAAACCCUUCGCCCCCGGCAAAACCCGUUGCAGGCCACCCCCCAAAGUCCUACAUGUAUGUGAGGUGGUGCAGUGCAGCAGGGAGGAUCGGGGCCCCACACACGCCCACCCCGCACUACCGGCCAACCGAGCCGGGCAAGCCAGCCGCCCGGAGCAAGCCCUGGGCCACAGGACCAACCACGGUCCCCACCCAGCCCAUCGUGGCGGCCAGUCCGGCCUGCCAGCUCCCCCCCGGAGGGCCCCACCAGAGAUUGAGCCAGCUAUGCCACCCCCGGACCACCAGGAGCCGCGGACAAACCACACGCCCCGAGGCUGCUCCUGCAACCACCAGAACAGCAGGAACCGCGCCCCGGCAGCACAUCCGUCACCAUGGCAGCCCAGGGAGUGACACCACAGAGACCGCAGGAGAACCGGGACCCGCAUGGGGAAGAGCCCAACCCCACCCCCCGGGCCCGUGAGCCAAGAGUGCCAGGGCGGGACAGAGAAACACACACCAGGCAGCAGAGCCCACCAGGCAGACGAUACCCCAACAGCCGCAAAAAGUGAAUGCCCCCCCCAGUCCCACCCUCCACCACAGCGCCGACCCGUCUCCACCACAUCUCCCAUCCACCCACGGACCCGCCAAGUAGGACACCCCGGAGGCGGGAAGACCGCCACCAGACCGGAGACAGAAGGGGCCAACCAGACACCGGCAAAUAGCAGGGGCCGCCCGUGAGCCACCGGCCAGCCCCACCCCCCAACCCUUGGUCGAGGCCCCCCCACGACCCAGAGCCCACCACCCCGCCCCCCAAGCAAGCCCCCCGCUAAUCCCGGCCCACGCCGCGCAGAGCACCACCCCCACCGCUAUCCGCCCCGCUACCCACGCACCCACAGCCAGCCCCCCACCCGCCCGCCCCACAUCCACCACAUCCCAGCCAUCCCUCCACCGAAGGGAGGGAAGCAGGUAAUGCCCCACCCCAGCACCGCACCUCCCCACCCAGAGCCCAAGCUGCACAAACGAGACCCCCCCUCCCGUAUGAGCUUACCAGGCGCCCCACCCGGGGCCAUACACCUACCAUACACAAAAAUUAAAAUUGAGAAUAAAAAUAAUAAAAAUAAAAAAUAAAUACAUAAAUAAAUAAAUAAAAAUAAAGUAAAGUAAUUGAUAAUAAUAAUAAUAAUAAUAGUAACCAUAAUAAUAAUAGUAGUAAUAAUAAUAAUAAUAACAAUAAUAAUAAUAAUAACAAUAAUAGUAAUAACAAUAAUAGUAAUAAUAAUAAUAUUUAUUGAUAGUUAUGUAUGUAUAAUAAUGAUACUACUAUUGAUACUUAAUAUAUAAUAAUUUAUAUAAAAUAUAUUUUCUAAUAAUUUAGAUCUUUUAACUAUUUUAGAUAUGAUAAUAAUAAAUAUAUACAUGCAUACCUACACACACACAUAUAUAGCCAUGUACAUACCUAAGAGGGAAGGCUCUGCAAGGGCAGCGGGGUAUAACCACCCGUGCCCACACCAAGGGCAGGGCCAAAGCCUCCCAUGCCCACACCCGACGGUCCCACACAGUAGCCAGGCCAGAGCACCCAGGGCAAACCCGGCCCACCCCCAGGGGCGAGGGAGGCCGCGGAGGAACCAGCGCCACCGGACGCACACAGGCCCCCCCCAGCAGCAGCAGGCGCCCACCACCCACAGCAUGCGGCUCCCCGUCUACCCACCACCCCGAGGGACGGCCUGCACCACCCCCGGGACGACCACCACCACCCCACCCACGCCCCAUCCCCAGAUCCGGACAGCCCCCCACCAACCCCCACCUGAACCUCCAGGGGGUCAGCCCAGCAGGAAGGGACAGAGAUACACGGUACCCACCCGCUCACCCCCCAGACGCCAGGGCAACCCGGCGACCAAGACCAUGCCCCAAGCCAGAGGAACGAGACCGCCAGGGGCAGAGACAGGCACACUCAGCCCUUCGAGAAUUACCAAAAGAGAUUAAUUUAAGAGAUUAAUUAUUGGAGCCCAUAUAGAUUGAAAUUCUGACAGUUGUUCUUUGGAUUCAGCAGACAUUCUCUCAAUUGCUAUAUGAUCUAACAGAAGAUUUUUGUAAGAGGCUAUGUUCAGUUUUUUUUUGGAUUUCCAAUUGAUAAGAAUGGUUUUCUUGGCAAUGCUUAACGCUGUGAUGAGGAGUUGUGUGUGAUUUGUUUCUACGUUGACUGUAGAAAGAUCACCCAACAAGCAUAAUACAGGUGAGGAAGGAAUAGAGGUCCCAAGUGCCAAAGAAAGGUCCUCGCACACUGCUUGCCAGAAAUUACUAAUGGGGGGACAUGCCCACAUGGAGUGUAAAUAAUCAUCUACUACAUGAUCUGGGCAGUAUACACAGAUGUUGGAGUCGGUUAGACCCAUUUUAAACAUUCUCUGCCCUGUGUAGUGUACUCUAUGAAUGGUUUUGAACUGAACCAACUGUAGGUUGGGAUUUUUUAUUAAACGGAACGAAUUAAGGCAUAUUUGCUUCCAGAACUCAGGGUCACAGCUUGUAGAUAAAUCUAGGUUCCAUUUGGAGACUGGAACCCCAACGGUGUUGUCACACUUUGACAAGAGAAUGUACAACUUGGAUAAUGUUUGGGGAGCGGAUAUGUUUAAGAAUUGGUCAAUGGUGGGAUAGCUUUCCCAAGAUAUGUUACGAAACCUAGCUCUAAUUAUGGAUUUAAUUUGUGAGUAUUCAAGAAAUGUAUUCUGGCUUAACCCAUACUGUGUAACAAGGUAAGUGAAUGACACAAACUUUCCCCCCCUUAUGAUAUUUUCCAAGCAACUUAUUCCUUUGUCAUGCCAUGUUGUAAAAUCCAAGGUUUUUUUUUUAAGCAAUAUAUCAGGGUUAUUCCAGAUCGGAGUGUACUGGCAAGGAUUGAGCGAGGACCUGGUUAUUUUUAAAAAUUCCCACCAAGCUGUCAGAGUGGUUUUAAUAUUUAUGCUUUUAAAACAAUCGUGUUUCCUAAGGAUUUGACUUAUGAAAGGUAAGUUAAAGAUGGGGAUUUCUUGGCUAAAUGAAAUCAGAAUUUAUCUGAAGCGUUUCGGAAAACCAUUUGGGCGUCACUAACUAAUAAGUAACUCCUAAGUAGCCAAGGGCGGCUGCAACAAAUGGUUGUAUUCGUAGUCAAUUGAUCUGAAGCUUGUUUGGAUUAAUCGAGCAAUCGUGCGGCCUGUUAAUUGGCCUCGGCAUCUUCUUAAAAUAUAAUUAGAAAGAAAAACUGCAAAAAAUAAAAAAAAAUAAAAAAUCAGCAGUAAUUUUUAUAUACAGAAUACAGUAAAAAUAUAAACAGUAAAAAGUUGUAAUCUAAAGAAAAUAACAGAAUAUUAUGAGGAAAAAGGGUGCGGCCUGUUAAUUGGCCCCGGCAUCUUCUAAAAAUAUAAUUAGAAAGAAAAACUGCAAAAUUAAAAAAAAAAAAAUCUGCAGUAAUUUUUAUAUACAGAGUACAGUAAAAAUAUAAACAGUAAAAAGUUGGAAUCUAAAGAAAAUAAUAGUCAUUUUUUGCUCCCAUAGACUAUGGGAAUAAAGUCAUAAUUAUGAGAAAUUAAUUUACAAAAAUAUAAAUUAUAUUUAUAAUUUUAUAAUAUAUAUUUUAUUUAUUUCCAAAUAUUUAAAUAUUUGGAAAUAAAUAAAAUUAAAAAACAUCAAAAUUUAUAACAGUCAAAAUAUUAAGAGAAAAUGACUUAUUCAAUAUUAAAAUUGUAAUAUUGAAGCAUUAAAAGUCAUAUCCUAACGAGUGAAAAAAAAAGUUGCAAUUUUACCAGAAUCAACUUGCAAUGUAUGAUAAACAAUGUCAUUUUAGGGUUAUAUAUAUUUUUUUUAAAAUGGCAUUUUAAAAAAAGUUAUUUUAAGUGAAGUCCAAAUAUUAUGGGAAUAAAGUCGUAAUUAUGAGAAGAUGAGAAAAUGUAGAAAGUUGGAAUUAAAUUAGUUAAAGGUCACAAUUUUAGGAGAAUUCCAGAGGUUUAGAACCAAAAUUCCUCAUAUAUAAAAAAGAAAAUAAUAAUAAUAAUAAAUGUCUGCUCGGGGGAGACACAUUCAUGUACAGACUUAGUCUGUCAGGAAGGCAAGCACAGGUCAGGAAUGUCAUGCAGGAAGUGGUCUAGAUUUAGACUUCCUGUUCGUUCCAUAGCUCUCCUGGGCGGGGGCGCUGCAGGGCCUCGUGGCGUUUAAGGUGUAGACAAAAACACGGAUAGGGCAGCACUUUCCUAAACACAAAUACUGCUUUCAUGUUUUCCCAGUUCAAGUUUUUAGGACGUGCAAAGUCAGACGUGUCAACUUCACCAGAUGAUUUUUAUUCAGUGGGGAGGAUGGCUGCAGUCUUGCAGGCUCGGCAUCGAUCCUUUGUGGUGAAGAGGGAGGCAAAGCUCUCCAUUUACACGUCUACGUUCCUACCCUCAGCUUUGGGUUGUACACAAGCAGCCGAAAUGAGACUAUGUCUCUCCACUGGCCUGGGAAUGCUGGUUUCAAAGAUGAUGUAAUGAGUAGGAUGCUCAGAAGAACGUUGGGGGAAUGGAAAGGUACAUUUUUAUUGUUGCUAAAUAUGCUAAUAUGCUAAAUAGUACGUCUUUGCUGCUGCGGCACAUUCUAGGAAUAGUUUAAUAAGGAAAGUAAAAAAAAAAUGACAUAGAAAUAUAUGCGGUAAUUUUUUAAAAAUAAAGUCAAAAUAUUAGGAGAAAAAUGUUUCAAUCGAACAACAAAAAAAUUAUUUUACCUGAAUGUUAUGAAGAAAAAUAAUCUAAUUUUACAAGUAAAAAUAUUACAUUUUUAUUUUUUUUUAAUUAUACUAUUAUGAGAAAAACAGAAUGAAAUAGUAAUUUAUGGAAAAUUAGGUUGCGGAAAACCCACAAUAACGUUAUUAAUAUUAUUGGAUGUACAGAAAAAAAAUGUGAAAUAUUUGUACAAUUAUAUCCAGCUGAAAUGGCAAAAAAACAGCUGUAAUAUUAUCAUAAAGUUAUGAAUAUAUUAUAAUGUAUACAUGACCUAUUAUAAUAUAUUAUAAAUAAAAUUAAUAUAAAUAAUUAACAUAAAUAAAUUAAUAUAUAUAUGUUAUUAUAAUAUAAUUAAUAUAUCAUAAAGUCAAAAUAUUAAGAGGAAAAAGUCACAAUUUUACAAAAAAUAAACUUACUAUUGUGAGGAAAAAUAGUGUCUUUUCCAUAAAAGAAAUCUAUUUUUUUAUAAGAAACAAAUAAUAAAGUUGUAAUAUUUGGAAAAAAUAGGUUGGGGGGGAGGUAAUAUGGAAUAAAGUUAAAAUAUUACAUAAAGAGUCAUAAUUCAGAGGAAAAAAAUGACAAGAGGAAAGUUGAAAUAGUUGACAUUUUAAAAAAAUAGCUGUAAUUUCACUAAAAUAAAAUGAAUAUUAUAUGAUAAAGUUGUAAUGAAAUGAGAAAAAUGGCCGCUAUAUUAUAAGAAUAAAAUGGUAAUAUAAUGUCCCAACAUUUUAGUAGCAUUCCACCAAUAUCACAAAGCUAAGAUACAAAUGCAAAUUUUGUUAAUAAAUGCAACUUCUUAGCAUAUCUACAUGUGUUGCUUUAUAAAAAAAAUUAAAGUGGGAAAGCACAUGCUUUUAUUUUUCACGAUCUGGACCUGGCUGGAAAAAUAUUUGGACAGCCCUGAGUGCAAGUUUCAUUUGAGCAAAGCUCCCCAUAGAGUCCUGCUCUCCACCGUACGCCAUUCUUCUCUUCCCUCCUCUUAGUGCCCGCCCUUUCCUGCCAGCCUCUCCGUGGAGGAUGUGCGGUGGAGUGUGAGAGGAAAGCUGUCAGUAGAAUGGAUAUGUGCUUGCUUUCUUCUCGUCCUGCUCUCUUGUCUUCACUCUUCUGUUUGCGUCGCAUCCCGGGCCAACUCUGGGAAAAGAAGACUCAAGACAGGCGGCCGGAAUGUCAUCAGAGGAUCACAGGAACGGUGAUGGCAAGGCAGAAGACGACGCAAUGCUAACAACGGAGGUGUGGCCAGAGGCAGAGCGGGCCGAGUCUCUGGCCCGCGGUGCGGCCUUGAAGUGGGCUUCAGGGGUUUUCUGUCGACCGGAAUAUUUGGAGCAACUGGGCCAGUACAGGAAGAGAGAGAGUCAGAGGACCACCUCCAUACACACCAGACUCAAGUCCAUGGUCCAGUCCUAUUUGGAGGAGGUGGGCUGGUGCAUGGAGCAGCUCCACGAGGCCCAGGAUGAGUUGAGGGAAGUAUCCCAGGCUUUAAAGAAGGCCAGACUGGAGUACAACCGAAACCAAGAUGGGGUGAAAAAUCUGGAGAGGCUGAGAGAAGUGUCAGUGAACCACGGUCAGCUCCUUGCUGCUGUCAGCAACCUGCCCAGACUUUACUCAGUGCGCAGCAUGGUUGUGGAAACCGAGGGUCUGGUGGAGUCCCAGCGCCUGCUGGAGGCCCACGCCCGUCUCAUGGACCUGGAACGCUGGCAGGAUGACAUCCUCUGGCAGAUCAAUGGAACGGCCGGGAUGGCAGGAAGAGAGCUCAGCUCUGAUGACCAGGAGUUGGUGACCAAAUACUUCUCUGAUGUCAGCAAGCUGGGCGAGACUUUAGGGAAGGAGCUGUGGGCGGUGGUGAGCAGCGCCCUGGCUGUGGCUCGCCAAAACCCUACGCCGUUUGUAUCAGCGGUGAGAAUUGUAGAACGCGAAGAGGCCACGGACGCGGCUCUGCUGGAGCGAGUUUUGUCCAGACCCCUGCCCCCAGGACGACCCCGUUGCUGGAGAGCACGCUUCUUCCAGGUGCUAGAAGAAGCCGUGUCCUCACGCUUUCGUAGUGUCUCCUACUUUCACACGCGGGGUCCGGGUUUGGCCGGACACCUUUCUUCGCUGCAGCACGCUAUCAUGACGGAUCUGGCUACGGUACGCCACCUGCUGGAGCACUGUGUCCCUCCGCAUUACCGCCUAACCAGAGCCUACUUGAGGGCCAGCCACCAUUGUUUACAUGCUCACCUGACACAGAUCAGCAGCUGGGACCUGGAGAGUGGUGAGAUCUUUGCUGUGCUCAACUGGGUACUACACGUCUACAACAGCCCUGAGAUGAUGGGUCAACCAGAUCUUCUGCACGAGUUGAAGGAUGGAGACAUGGGACCUCUGAUCUCCGCUGAGGGACUGGAGCAACUUCAGAACAAAUACGUGCAGAGUGUCCGGAAAAGCGUAUCCGAGUGGAUGCAGAAGGCUCUACAGGUGGAGCUGCAAGACUGGCAAAGGGACCAGGAGCCUGAUACGGACCAUGAGGGUUUCUACCAAACCAGCCUCCCAACCAUCAUCAUUCAGAUGCUGGAGGAAAACGCCCGUGUGGCUUUAAUCAUUGGACAAUCCCUCAGAGACCAGACCAUACAAAUGGGCUUGUAUGAGAUGGAGAACCUCCUCAACAGGUUUCGAGAAGCUCUGGUGGAAUUUGGAAAGAAGCAUUGCAGCGAUCCGAGCAACAGUAAAAACAAUUUCUACCUCCACUACCUCCUGGCCUCCAUCAGCAAUUGCAUCAUCCUCAAAAAGUCCACAGAAAGCCUGCAGCAGCAGCAGUCCUCCCAAGAAAUGGGUCAGUUCUCUCGGACUCCUUCCAACCCGCUGGCGGCUCUGGACCGGGCGGUGAGGCGAGCUUGUCGAAUGGUGAUGGAUCAGCUCCUGCUGGACCUGAAACCUUUCCUCACAGGCCUGGUGACGCGACCCUGGUUGGUCCAGGGAGAUCCCACUCCUAAACUCUGCCGCAUCCUGGAGCGUCAUCUGGACCUGUACAGCCACGUCCAAGCACCCUGCAGACAGCGUCUUGAGGAGGAGGCCCAGUGGUUGAUGGUGGUGGAAUACGUCAAAGCACUGAUGCAGAAGAGGCUGCUGUGUCGCAGUGCUGAGGAGCGGAGGAAGUUCGCUCAGCAGAUGGUGAAGGACGACCAACAGUUCAGACACAUUUUCCAUGGCCUGGAAAGUGACAGCUUCGUACCCGAAGUGAACCCUUUGGCUCUUCUCCCAGUCUUGGCUGACUUCAUCCGCCUCAAAGACCCCAGCAUGCUCCCUCUAGUGGCGGCAGGACUUGCAGCACAAUACCCCGACAUCAGUGAGGAGCAUGUGUCUGUGCUGCUGGACAUACGCGGCGACAUCUCCAGGGACAUCAGAGGCUCAGUGCUGGACCUGCUGGAGCAGAGUGCCCCCCCUCUGCCAGCUGGAUAUCGCCCCAUCUUCACAGACAUACUGGUGCCUCCUUCGGCCAUGGCCUUCUGCUUGCCCACUGCCAAGUGUGCAUGAAAUCCAGUCCUAAAGAUGGAACAAAAUAUUGACUUAGAUAUUAAUAUGUCUCAGGGGUUUGUGCAUAUUAUACAUUUUUUUCUAUAAAUGGAUAAAAAUAAAAAUACAAAAUGGUGAGCAGAAAAAUUUAAUGUUGAUUUUAAUUCCACAAAGGUGGUAUUUUUCUGUAAAUAUAUAUAAGU